GCGAACAUUCUCGAAUUCGAUAGAUUUCCUGGUGGUCUAUAUAAAAACUGUGGAUUUGCGGUGCACCCUCAGUGGAGUUUACUAUUUUCGAAAGUUAAUUUGGGUAAAGCUGUGUGUUCGCAAGAAAGCCUUUAUUCCCUUAUCGACUGACAGCACAAAAAAGAAGCACAAAAUGUCGAAUCUUUUGCGGGCUCUGUAUCCAAAUCGUUCAAUCAGCAUCUGGGAUGAUCCUUGGUUUAACGUGCAGACGCCAUCCCGACUGUUCGAUCAGCAGUUUGGCAUGGCUUUGACAGACGACGAUUUCCACUUACCGGAGGUGUACCGCGGGAUGAUGGUGCAACCCCGUGUUUUACGACCACGUCAGCAGACGGGCAUGAGUGAGGUGACUAACAGUGACAAAGAGUUUUCCAUCAAGAUUGAUGUGCAACACUUCAAACCAGACGAAAUAGCUGUGAAAACUGUGGAUAAUCAUAUUGUGAUUAGUGCAAAACACGAGGAAAAGGAGGAUGAACACGGCUAUGUUUGUAGGUCAUUUACCAGACGAUAUGUCCUGCCCAAGGAUGUUGAUCCAAAGACGGUGACAUCGUCCUUGAGUCCUGAUGGAGUGCUCAACGUAAAGGCACCAAAGCUGGCUUUGGAAGCACCACAGGAGCGAACCAUUCCAAUUACUCAUGAAACGACCCCUGCCGUGAUGGAUUCCGAAAUGAAAGAAUAGACAGACAUGUUUGCUAAGAAAAAAUAGCUAGCUUUGGUAUAUUGUUUAGCUUUCUAUAUACAUGUAUGUGCUAUUGUUAACAAUAUUGCGCUUAAAGAUAAUCAUGUUGGUCAGAGGUCUAUAUUAAUACUUUAUGAUUAAUUUCAAAUUACUGAUAUAACUGUACUAUAAUGAUGAAUGUGAUUUCCCUUUUUUUUCUUUUUUCUUUUUUUUUAUAUACCCGGUAGACUGAAAGGAAAUUCAGAACGUUGUUAAGUUUUACAUUUUGAUUUGAACAUUUAUAUUUUUGUUCACAGCACAUUAUGUGUUACAGAAUUGGUAGCUCGGUGAAAUAUGAGUCACAUUCUGUUCAAACGUACAUGUAGCUCAACCCCCUCAACCCCUGUGGACAUUGAAAAAAGAUAAUAAUUUUUAUAUCAUUAAAUAUUGAUUUGUUGUGUACUUAAAAUUCUAAAGAAAAAACAAUUGAUAAUGUUUAACAUUAGGGACCAAUAUUUAUACCAGCAUAAGAGUAAAAUGUCCAGAGUUGUAGAAAUAUUUAUUUAGUAGACUGAUAGUUUUCAAUUUUUCGUCAAGUGAAGAUGGGAAGUUCUAUAACCUGGACCACUAUAACAUACUAUUCAUUGAAAUAGGACAUUUACAUUGAAAUAAGAUAAUAAUACUGAACCAAUUCAGUAUUAACUCUUAACAAUUGAGUCAUGGUCAGUGACCUAUUUUGUUGUAUGUUGUGAAUGGAAUUAUUUUGUGAAAUAACUUUGUUGGAUGUUGUACCAAAUAAAUGUUAAAAUGAA